ACAAAAGAGGGAGAAGAGAAGAGUAAUCGAAGAUGAUGAGAACCUUAGUAGCAAGAGCAUUAUCAGGAAGAGAUUCUCUUCGUGUUCAUCGUAGUUUCUCUCAAUUGGCUCAUCAGAGAGAAAGUUCUGAUGUCGUUCCUAAAAUGCCUCCUUUCGAUUACACUCCUCCACCCUAUACGGGACCAUCUUCUGCUGAGAUCUUGCAGAAGCGAAAAGAGUAUCUCAGCCCUUCCAUGUUCUAUUUAUACAAGAACCCUUUGAACGUGGUGGAUGGGAAGAUGCAAUACCUCUUCGAUGAGAAUGGACGUCGAUACCUUGAUGCAUUCGCAGGGAUAGCAACCGUUUGCUGCGGCCACUGUCACCCAGAUGUGGUGAAAGCAAUCGUCAAUCAGGCGAACCGCUUGCAGCACUCCCCCGUUCUUUAUCUUAAUCAUGCCAUAGCUGAUUUUGCAGAGGCUCUGGCUUCCAAGUUACCCGGAGAUCUCAAGGUUGUUUUCUUCACAAACUCUGGGACUGAAGCAAACGAGCUGGCGAUGAUGAUGGCUCGAUUGUAUACUGGUGCUCAUGAUAUCAUCUCACUCAGGAAUGCUUACCAUGGCAACGCUGGUGGGACAAUGGGAACCACUGCCCAAUCCAUCUGGAAGUUCAAUGUUAUUCAGAGUGGAGUUCAUCAUGCAUUGAACCCAGACCCAUACAGGGGUAUUUUUGGCUCAGAUGGGGAGAAAUAUGCAAGAGAUGUCCAAGAGACCAUUGACUUUGGAACUUCUGGUCGUGUUGCUGGCUUCAUUAGUGAAGCAAUACAGGGAAUUGGUGGAAUUAUAGAGUUGGCUCCAGGUUACUUGCCUGCUGCAUAUGACAGUGUAAGGAAAGCAGGAGGGCUAUGUAUUGCUGAUGAAAUUCAGGCAGGUUUUGCUCGCACUGGGAGCCAUUUCUGGGGAUUUGAAUCCCAGGGUGUUGUGCCUGACAUAGUGACAAUGGCAAAGGGUAUUGGAAAUGGAAUUCCUAUUGGUGCAGUGGUAACGACUCCUGAGAUUGCGAAAGUCUUGACUUAUCGUAGUUAUUUUAAUACCUUUGGUGGAAAUCCAUUAUGUACUGCUGGAGGGCUAGCUGUUCUUAGAGUAAUUGAGAGAGAAAAUCUUCAGCAGAAUGCACAUGUGGUGGGUUCUUAUCUAAAAGAGCGUCUCACUUCUCUCAUGGAGAAGUAUGAACUUAUCGGCGAUGUAAGGGGAAGAGGUUUGAUGCUUGGAGUUGAACUUGUCACUGAUCGUAAAUUGAAAACUCCAGCCAAGGCUGAAACUUUGCACAUUAUGGAUCAGAUGAAAGAAAUGGGAGUUCUGAUUGGGAAAGGAGGGUUUUAUGGUAACGUGUUCAGAAUUACACCUCCCCUCUGUUUCACGAAGGACAACGCAGACUUCGUUGUGGAUGUGAUGGACUACACAAUGUCGAAGAUGUGAAGCUUCUGGUGAUGCAGUUGAUAAAUACUCAUCCCCUGUCGAUCAAUCUAUGUAUAUCUGCUGUCAAUGCUAAUUAUCAAUCUAUAUCUAUCUUUUGGAGUAAUUGAAUAAAAUUAUGUAAACUCUGUCAUAGAGAUGAUGGAGACACCA